GGGCGGUGUGGCCAUGGCGGGGCGGCGCAGGCGCUGCGGGGCCGGAAGGCGGCGGGCGGUGCUCGGGCCGGGACGGGGCUGGGUGAGCUCAUGUUCUGUGUAGGACUUUGGGUCUAGCUCGUGGAGAAGUAUGGGUGCUGAUGAAGCUGUCUGAAGAGGACUGGGCUGCUGCCAACCAGAAGCACAAGGCCUGAGGUGCGUCUGUCCCUCUGUGAGAUCUGGUCAGCCUUCUCUCCUGCCUGCCUGUUAAGACAUCAUUUUACCUGGAUUCACAUCGAUGUGAGCGGUGUUGGGGCACAGCUGGGUAUUUCAGAACUGCGAAGCCUAAAUGGUUCCCAUCGUGCCAAUUUUGAGUACUGGAAGUCUUGUAGAAAUGGGCACUUCCAUGUCUAAUAGUAAGAAUUCUUUUGCAAUUAUUUGGCAAACAAUGAAGGUUCUGUUACUGAAGGACCCCAAAGACAAAGAUUCAGGACCAGAUCCGUAUAUUAAAGAAUUAGGAUUAUAUGGACUUGAAGCAACUUUGAUUCCAGUUUUGUCAUUUGAAUUUGUAUCUCUUGAAAGCCUAUUUGAAAAGCUCUCACAUCCAGAAUCUUAUGGGGGCCUAGUUUUUACCAGUCCAAGAGCAUUAGAAGCCAUCAAGAUCUGUUUGAAAGAGAAUAGUAAAAGUGAAGCCUGGUCAAAAUCUCUUAGACAAAGAUGGAAUAUCAAACCAGCGUACGUGGUAGGAAAAGCUACAGCUUCUCUAGUGGAAGAAAUUGGCCUUUCCCCACAAGGAGAAAAGACUGGAAAUGCUGAAAAAUUAGCUGAAUAUAUUUGCUCAAGAGAGAAACCUAAUUCAUCAUGCCUGCUUUUUCCUUGUGGAGCCCUAAAAAGAGAAGUACUUCCUACAGCACUUAAAGAAAAAGGCAUACCUCUGGAAAGCCUUACUGUAUAUCAAACAACGCAACACACCAAUCUCCAGGAAUCAUUGAGCAGUUAUUUCUCACAACAGGGAAUCCCGGCAAGUGUUGUGUUCUUCAGUCCAUCUGGUGUCAAGUUUUGCCUCCAGCACAUUCAGAAGCUAUCUGGGGAUUUUAUCAACCAUGUGAAGUUUGCUGCUAUCGGUCCAACAACUGCUGAAGCCAUGGAAGCAGCAGGAAUCCCAGUAAGCUGUACUGCAGAGAGUCCAACUCCCCAAGACCUCGCUGCUGGGAUCCAAAAAGCGCUUCGCCUACAGAACUGCAUUUUAUCCAAGAACACAGCACAUAUUUCAGGCUGAGUAUGGUUCUCUAGAAGGUUUUUAAUUUUGCAGACUUCUUGUCCUGCAAGAAAGUAUUGUUUGGGAAUAUGCAACACUGUCCUUGUCAGCAGCUUGUGAGAGCAGCUUGCAUCUAAAUAUCUAAGAAAUCUAGAAUUUGUCCAGCAUGUUUUAAAGCCUCUGGCUAUUCCCCUUCAUCUUAUGUGCACAGUGUAAAUAUUUUAUGCAGGCAUUCCUGGAAAACUAGUUGCAAGAGGCUAAUCUGCAUCAGUGUGUUAUGUUGACAUUUCAGGUUCAGUGUGUUACCUCAGGUAUCUUCCCCUAGUACACAGGUUUUCAUUCCUGUGUAUAGUCAAUUUUACAUGCACAUCUUCUAUUUUUUCUGUAAAAGAAAAUCAUACUUACAAUGAAGUAUUUUUUUUUGUUUUAAAGCUUGCUUGUUUGUUUUGCUUUCAAAUAUUUAUAUUAAAGUGAACGUAGAUCCUCAAUGGAAUAGGACAAUUCCUGGAGUAAAGUUGCACUGUGUGGAGCUGAUAGCAGGUCAGUUAUUGACACUUAAUAUCCUUACAGUACAGGUCUUAAAAAUCAGGUUUUGAUUUCUGUUUCUGUAAAGAAGGAGGAUUUAUUAACAGAAAUAAACUGGCUUGUCGUUGUUAAUAA